AUGAAUAAGAGAAUAGUAUAUUAAGGUGAGAAAGCUACUGUUAAAUAUGAAGGUCCUUUAAUGCAUGAAAAUAGAGGAGAUGAACUUUGGUUGGGAGUCGAAUGGGAUUAAGCUGAUAGGGGAAGACACAAUGGCACUGUUUAAGGGUACACUUAUUUCAAAACAACUGGUGGAGCUAAUUCUGGUAGUUUAUUAAAGAAGGAAAAAGUGAGUUUUGGUAAUAGAUUGUGGGAAGCAUUAUUUUUGAAAUAUUUCAAAGAAAUCCCUCCAUAAUUAUUAAAAGAAAUGGAAGUGUAGGAACAAGUAAAAGAUGAAUUUCUUUAAGAACAUUAAGAUCUUGCAAAUCAUUAAGAUGAGAAAAGCAAAGUUAUCACCCUUAUAAAUUAAAAAUAAGUGAAAAUUGAAUUUGAUGACACUGCAUUUUUUGAAACAAUGAAAAAGAGAAAAAAGAUGGUUGAAUUUUAUGGAUUUGAUGAAAUAUAUAAAAAACUUAAUAAUUUAGAGACUUUGUAGGAGUUAUCUUUAGAGUGUUAAAAUGUAGCAACAAUUGGACCAUUUGGUUUUGUUGGUAGUAUAUUUAAAAAUCUGAAAAUUUUGGGUUUGGAAAAUAAUUUAUUUCAUUCUUGGCAUUAAAUCUUUGUUUUAGUAUCAUAAUUACCAACAUUAAGGGAAUUGUCAAUAUCAAGUAAUAAAUUAUAAAAACUUGAAACAUUUGGAAAACAAUAAUUUGAAAAUUAAAUAUUUACUUAAUAACCAGAUUAUUUGAUUUAUGAUUAUGAAUAAGGAAAACAUUUAGAAAUUCCAGUAGAUGGUUGUGGUAAACAUGUAGAAAUUUUGGUUUUAAUUGGAAUGUAAUUAACUUGGUAGGAUAUAUCUUUAAUUAUUCCAGCAUUUCCUAAAGUUUAAUAAUUAUUAUUGUGUAGAAAUAUAUUAGUAGAUUAUGAGAAUUUAUAAUAUAGAGAUACAGAUUUAUAAACAUUAAAAUUAUUAAAUUUAGAAUAAACUGAAUUAACAUAAUUUGAAUGCAUUUAAAAAUCAUUUGGUAAUUUACCAAAUUUAGAAAGACUUAUAUUAAAUAAAAAUAAUUUAAAGGAUUUACCUUUGGUUACUGAAUUUUAAUCUCUUAAACAUUUAGCUUUAGAUCAUAAUCAUUUUGCACAUCCAUAGUUUUUUAAUAAAAUAGGAAAUUUAUAAUUAAAUUCUCUAUCUAUUAAACAUAAUCCAUUAGUUGAUAAAUUAGGAAAAUUAUAUGUUAGAUAAAGAGCUAUUGCAGAAAUAUCAAGUGUUUAAAUCAUUAAUGGUAGUGAAAUAACUAAAUUUGAAAGAAAAGAUUCUGAGAUAUUUUACUUAAAAUCUUCAUUUGAAGAAUACUUUUUGUUAAAGAAUGUCAAACAUUAUUAUUAUGAUUAUGAUGAUUUUAUCAAUUAUGCUAAAUCAAAUCAUCCUAAAGUUAUUGAAUUAAUUAAAAAAUAUGGUAAUCCUUAUGAAAUUGAUCCAACUGUUAAAGGAGGAUAUACAUAAACAAAAUAAUAAAUUUAAUAACCUUAAUAUUGUACAAUUAAAAUUAUAGAUCAUGUUGGAAAACUAAAAGAUAAACCUACACCAAAAAAAUUGAUGGGAAAUACUGGUUUAUAACCAGUGAAAAUGAUGAUUUCAAAAUUAGUAAACAUUCCUAUCAAAUAGAUAUUAUUAUCAAUUUAAGUAUAUAUAUAUAUAAUAUAAUUAAGGUAACUGAAGAUGCUGAAAUUGUUUAAAUGGAAGGAAAAGAUGUGACUUUGAAUGAUUUUGGUGUUUAGGAUAAUAGUCUCAUUCAUGUUAAUGUCAUACCAGAAUGA